GUGUUAUUUAAAUAAAAUCCAAAGCGCAUUGCGCAUUACUUUUUUAUUUCGGAAAACGACUACCGGAAAUCGCUCUUUGUACGCGCUGGAUGGAGAUUAUUCUUCCGCAUCAGACCUGUCAAGACCUAAAUCUGAAUGUUAAAGAACACAUUAGAGCGACUUCAGAGUGUCUGGAAGUCGUACAGACACAGAUUUGUACCUUGGGUGGCACUGAACAUUUCUAAAAAUGAGAAAACGUUGCGGCAGGUGACGGAGCGCUCGAAAGACAAACUGGUUCCGGAUGAGGAGGUUUCAAAGAGUUUGGUGAGACUCUUUAGACUCCUGCUUGAAGAGGUCACCAGCAAACAAGACCAUAAUGGAGGACACCCACUCUGUGGACAUGAUGCCAUGUUUCAGUCUUUCGGAUUCUGCAUUGACCGGCAGUCCAGCACUUUACCGUCGGCAGGAAGAGGAGUUUUUGUCACUAAAGGAUACGUGCCCAAAGGAGUCACAGUUGCCAUGUACCCUGGUACAAUCUAUCAGGCCUACGAGCCCAUUCUUCUCCAGUCAAUCAGAAACCCCUUUGUGUUUAGGUGCAUUGAUGGAGUUUUGGUCGAUGGAAAUGACAAAGGCAUCUCCAAAAUGGUCUUCACGUCAUGCAGCGGCAGAGACAGAGUUGGGCCCUUCAUGAUGAGUGACACCAGCUGGUUGACAGCCACUCCUCAAAACCCACUGGCCGUAGGGCAAUAUGUGAACAACUGCUCUAACGAUUGGCCUGCUAAUGUUUGCUACCAGGAAUAUGACGUGCCAGAAAAGUUUCCAUACCAACUCUACCGUUUUUUUCCAAAUAUCAACUACAGUCACGACACACAGAGACCUCUGCGCUGUGUUGUCCUAGUUUCCCUCCGAGACAUUACAGCAGGGGAGGAACUCUUCUCAAACUACUACACUAUUGUGCAUUAAAUGACCAUAUUGGUUGUAUGCUAAACAAAACCAAAAUAAAAAAAAGUGUUUUGGUGUAUUUCUUUUUCUUUUCUUUUUUUUUACCAAAUUAUGAAAACAAUUUAAGUUGAGUUUCAAUCGAGACAUUGUUUUAGUUAACAAAGCAGAAGCCCUACCCAGGUUUUUUUCUCACAACAUGUCUCUGAAAGAAUUCUGAUGACACAUGGAGAAUGUCAUUUG